UCCGGGUCUGUGAAUGAUAUCCAUGCUGCCUUCUCCUGCCCUCCUGGCCUCCUGAAGAUGCCCAGGAGAAGAGCCCUUCCCCUGUGGACACUCCUGGUGCUGCUGCAGCUGGCACUUGUCCCAUGGCCGCUGGCAGGCUGCCUCCUCAAUCCCUGUUUGGAGGUCAUCCCUAACACAACUUUCAGAUGCACUGAACUGAACACCUCUGCAGUUCCUGCUGGAGUCCCAAACACCACCCAGAACUUGGAUCUUAGUUUCAGCAAUCUGAAGUCACUGAGGUCAAAUUAUUUUUCAUCAGUCCCUGAAUUGCAGCUUCUGGAUCUUUCAAGGUCCCACAUCCAUACAAUAGAAGAUAAUGCCUUUAAGGACCUUCAUAGACUUUCCACCUUAAUUUUAACUGCCAAUUCCUUCCAGUACCUGGGGACAGCAGCCUUCUAUGGCUUAGCAGCUCUGAAAAAACUAGUACUGGUGGAAACCAACAUAACCUCUGUGACUGACCUGCCCAUUGGACACUUGCAUACCCUGCAGGAGCUGAAUUUGGGCCACAACAGCAUUACUUCAUUGAAGCUUCCCGAGUAUUUCACCAACCUGACCUCUCUCAGGCACCUGAGCUUUUUCUCUAACAAGAUCACAUAUAUCUCCAAAGGAGACCUUGAUGCUCUGAGGGAAGGGAGCAGGCUCAACCUCACGCUGGUGCUUUCCUUGAAUAAUAUAAAAUCCAUAGAGCCGGGGUCCUUUGCAAAGAUUCACCUCGGUGAGCUGGUUCUGAGGUCCUCUUUUGAGAACUUCAGCGUGAUGCAAACUUCUCUUCGAGGCCUGGCUGGCUUACAAGUGAAAAGACUAAUAGUUGGAGAAUUCAGAAACCGUUAUAGACUGAGUGACUUUCAGAGAGGACUCUUGAGUGGACUGUGCCAGGUCCAGAUGCAAGAGUUUGUCUUAAUCUGUUUCAAGAACUUUGAGAGUAACACAGACACCCUUUUUGACUGCUUAGGCAACGUCUCCACCAUUCGCUUGGUGAACCUCGGGCUUGAAGAGAUAUCAGAGGUUCCUGUGUCCUCCCAAGUGAAACAGCUGGAGUGCAAGAACUGCGAUUUUGAGGAAGUGCCUGCCGUGAAGCUGUCGCACUUCAAGGAGCUGAGAGUGCUUCGGAUUACCAAGAGCACAUCCCUCAGAAACUUUAGGCAGAAAUUUAGGGAUCUAAGUAAGCUGGAGGUCGUAGAUUUGAGUGAGAAUCACCUCGCCUUCAGUGGCUGCUGUUCCCCUCUGUUUCAUAAUUGUUCAAAUUUGAAACACUUGAACCUCAGCUUCAACGCUGACAUCAGGUUGACCGGAGAUUUCCCUAAUAUUAAGAAUUUGUUAUAUUUGGACCUUCAGCACACAAAAUUAUUUGGUCCUGGCUCCCACCCUGUCUUUCUCUUCCUUCGGAAACUCAUUUACCUCGACAUUUCCUAUACCAAAACUCAUGUUAAAUCUCAGUGCACGUUUUGUGGCUUGAACUCUUUGCAAGUGCUCAAGAUGUCAGGCAACUCCUUUGAGAACAAUAGGCUGACCAACAACUUCAAAAACCUAACUCACCUCCACACCUUGGAUAUUUCAAGUUGCAUGUUAGUACAGGUGAAUCAAAAUACAUUUGAUGCCCUCUCUGAACUAAAAGAGUUAAAUAUCAGCAACAAUAAGCUCCUGACCUUAGAUCCUGGAGUCUACCAGCCACUCCAAGCCCUCAGAGUCCUGGAUUUCAGCAACAACCAGCUGACAUUUCUGUUGGACUCAGCCCUGGAAACCCUGCCUGACAGCCUGGUCCUAUUAGACAUCUCUCAAAACCUGUUUGACUGCUCUUGUGCACACCUGAACUUUCUGAAAUGGGUCAAGGAGAAGCAGGAGCUGCUGCAGAACAAGGAGCUGAUGAUAUGCCACAUGCCUGCAGACAUGAAGAACGUGAGCCUGUCAAGCUUUGACCUGUCCUCCUGCCACCUCAGUGCAAGCAAAGUGGCCAUCACAGUGGUCACGUUGCUCAGUGCAGUGGUGUUCCUUCUCCUGAUUUACAACUACUAUGUCCAGCUCUACUACUCGUUGGUGCUGCUCAGUGGGUGCAAACACUCUGCAGAAAGGGGUAACACCUAUGAUGCCUUUGUUAUCCACUCCAGCAAAGACCAGGAAUGGGUGAUAAGAGAGCUGGUGGAACCCUUAGAAGGGGGAACACCUCCCUUCCACCUGUGUCUGUCCUGCAGGGAUUUCCUCCCAGGGGUACCCAUUGUCACCAAUAUCAUCGAAGAAGGUUUUCUCAGUAGCAGAAAUGUCAUCGCAGUCAUCUCUACCAACUUCCUGGAAAGUAAGUGGUGUAGCUUUGAGUUUGACAUUGCCCAGUCCUGGCAGCUUGUUGAGGGAAAGGCUGGAAUCAUCAUGAUUGUACUGGAAGAAGUGAAUAAGGCCUUGCUGAGGCAGAGGCUGGGGCUGUCUCGGUACCUGAGGAGGAACACCUACCUGGAGUGGAAAAACAAGGAAAUGAGCAAGCACAUCUUCUUGAGGCAGCUGACAGGAGUCCUGAUAGAAGGCAAAGACUGGAAUAAUGAGAAGGAAAAGCUCAAGUGAAGAGAAAGAGAGAUUCCUCUUCUCCUGUCUCCUGUCCUGGCCUUGGCUGAAGGAUGGUGCUCAGAAGUUGGUUUUUCUGUUGCUGUUCAGAGUCAGAGGGAAUGGAUGGAGACACUGCAAAACCACUACAGAGAUACCUGCCUUGCAGGCCACUCUUUCCCAAGGGAACUUCCAAGCUAAGGAGUGACAAGACCCAGAAGAGCUGGACCUGCCUGAGCUCUAUGUUUUCCUAUGGCUGUCAACCAAAGCUGGUCCAGCAGUACAGCCAGGUGUGGUGGGUCGGUGAACAGACUGACUGCUCUUACUGUCAUUUGUCUGCCUCUGAAACUGGAUUUGGGUCCUGAGACCACUUACACAGUAGGACGUCAGGUUCUGCUGCUUUGAGUGGACCCCAGGAUCUCCAGGGGAGAGUAAAGAUACAGGAUUCUUGACUUUAAAAAUGGUGGGAAACAGAAAAAGGGCUUGAAUUCAGAAAGUCUUGUAUCUGCUGUGUUAUGCACCGUGAGUCAGGGGAAAAACCCUCCAGAGAGCAGUGGGGUGUCCUACAGCACAGACCACCUGGCAGCUACUCAGUGGAGCUGAGCAGUUGUGUCAUCAGGGGGGAGGGAGGUUUCCACUGUGGGAAAUUUCCCAACAUGUUUCUUUUAGUUUGUUUUAGACUGAGACCAAAUAUUGAAACUAUCCCCUGGAACUCUUAUUUAUGUCCAGAUUGCAUAGCAUUUGAGAGUGGUUUGAGGUCUUCUUGUGGGAUCCAAAAAUCAGUGGGACCAGAAGAAGCCAUAAAAAUGUUUAACACCUCUUAAGUCAAAUAUUUCUUUGCUCUAACUGCUUCUCCUCCUCCAGGGUUUCUGGAUAGACUGUGUGGGACUGCCCUAUGUGAAGGAAAUUGAGCCUGAGCAAAGUGGUUUUGAUGUUUAGAGACAGCCAGUUCUAGAAUAAGCUUUUCCACUCUUUGGACUAGCCUUAAUUCACUGUUGGAAGAUGCUGUAGGAGCCUCCAUGGUUUGAAAUGGACUUCAGAUCAGCAUGUGUGCUCAUCCUUUCCCGGGGGUCAGCUGCUACCUGGGACAGAACAGCCACUGGAUGGGGGAGUUGUGCUUUUGUUUCACUGAGAACGUGCCUGACAUUUUGCAGGGAGAAGAGAUAGAGGAGAAAAGUCUGGGUUAGCUAAACUAAAUGUAUCCCAGUACUGUCCUGAAUAAAGAGAAGGAAAGUCUAAAUGCCACCAAAUCAUAUUACAGAGCAUUCCAUCGAUGUGUCGGAUAUUGGAUAGUGCGGGAGUAUUGCUCUCUAUUUACCAAAGGAUUUGGAUGGGAUUAAUCACUGAAUUACUCUAGUUUUAAACUUGCAAAUCCUUCUAUAAUCAAUGAUGUUCUGCAGAGGUAAAACAGAAGCAAUUGAGUGGUGAAUCAGAUCUGAUAUUUAUUCAGAAGGAAGGCCUGAUCCAGCUCACUUUUCUGAGCACCAGUCAGCGGCAUCUCCGUGGAAGCUGAUGAUCAGGGAUCAA